AUGUGGCUCAGAGUCUUUACUGCUUUCCUUUCCUUUGUUACAGGCACUUGCUCGGGGCUGAAGGUGGUGGUGCCAUCGUACACCGUCCAUGGUAUCAGGGGUCAGGCCCUCUACCUCCCUGUGCACUAUGGAUUCCACACUCCGGCAUCAGACAUUCAGAUCAUAUGGCUGUUUGAGAGACACCACACGAUGCCCAAAUACUUACUGGGCUCUGUGAACAAGUCUGUGGUUCCCGACUUGGAAUACCAACACAAGUUCACCAUGAUGCCACCCAAUGCUUCUCUGCUCAUCAACCCACUGCAGUUCACCGAUGAAGGCAAUUACAUUGUGAAGGUCAACAUUCAAGGAAAUGGAACUCUCUCAGCUAGUCAGAAGAUACAAGUCACUGUUGAUGACCCUGUCACAAAACCCAUGGUACAGAUUCAGCCUGCCUCUGGGGCUGUGGAGUAUGUAGGGAACAUGACACUGACAUGCCUGGUGGAAGAAGGUACCCGGCUGGCUUACCAGUGGCUAAAAAAUGGGAGACCUGUCCAUACCAGCUCCAACUCCUUUUCUCCCCAAAACAACAUUCUUCAUAUUGCUCCAGUGACCAAAGAAGACAUUGGGAAUUACAGUUGCCUGGUGAAGAAUCCUGUCAGUGAGAUGGAAAGUGACAUCAUUAUGCCCACCAUAUAUUAUGGACCUUAUGGACUUCGAGUUAAUUCUGAUAAAGGACUAAAAGUAGGGGAAGUGUUUACUGUUGACAUUGGAGAAGCCAUCUUGUUUGAUUGCUCCGCUGAUUCUUAUCCUCCCAAUACCUACUCCUGGAUCCAAAGGACUGACAAUACAACAUAUGUCAUUAAGCAUGGGCCUCUCUUGGAAGUUGCAUCCCAGGAAGUAGCCCAGAAAACAGCUGACUAUGUGUGCUGUGCUUACAACAACGUAACUGGAAGGCAAGAUGAAACUCAUUUCACAGUCAUCAUCACUUCUGUAGGACUAGAGAAGCUUGCACAAAAAGGGAAGUCAUUGUCCCCUUUAGCAAGUAUAACUGGAAUAUCGCUCUUUUUGAUUAUAUCCAUGUGUCUUCUUCUCUUAUGGAAAAAAUAUCAACCCUACAAAGUUAUAAAACAGAAGCUAGAAGGCAGGCCAGAAACAGAGUACAGAAAAGCACGAACAUUUUCAGGCCAUGAAGAUGCUCUGGAUGACUUCGGAAUAUACGAAUUUGUUGCUUUCCCAGAUGCUUCUGGUGUUCCCAGGAUGCCCAAUAGGUCUGUUCCAGCCUCUGAUGGUGUAUCAGGGCAAGAUUUGCACAAUACAAUUUAUGAAGUUAUUCAGCACAUCCCUGCCCUACAGCAAGACCAUCCAGAGUAA